GGAUUGGAUCCGUGUGUGUCGAGGUGUUCCUGGGUGUUAACGGUAGAAGAUCAGGGAGGGCUGGAGUGAUUUGUUCCCGCCUCAGACACGUUCCCUGAUACCAUUCUGAAUCAGAGAUAGCACUGCACUGGCGAAACUGACACAAAGUAACAGCCGCGCGCAGUAGUGAUACAUUGUUUCAGUCCGGCGUGGAUUAGAACUCUCAGUGUUCCAUUGUGACAUCGCGUCGCGCGGACUCUGAUUCACUGUAUCUGUAUCUGGCGCGUCUGGUCUGAUGAUGGAGCGCUGGAAGGGCAGAGUCGCGCUGGUCACCGGAGCGUCUGUCGGGAUCGGAGCGGCUGUGGCUCGCGCUCUCGUCCAGCACGGCAUGAAAGUGGUCGGCUGCGCGCGGAACGUGGACAAGAUCGAGAAGUUGGCAGCCGAGUGUCAGAGCGCGGGAUACAGCGGCACUCUGAUCCCGUAUAAGUGUGAUCUGUGCAACGAGGAAGAGAUUCUGUCCAUGUUUUCAGCCAUCAAGACGCUGCAUCAGGGAGUGGACGUGUGCAUCAACAACGCGGGUCUUGCUCACAACGAACCGCUGCUCAGCGGAAGGACAGACGGCUGGAGGAAUAUGAUCGAUGUCAACAUACUCGCUGUGGCCAUCUGCACACGUGAGGCCUACCAGUCCAUGAAGGAGAGACAUGUGGAUGACGGACACAUCAUCAACAUCAACAGUAUGGGGGGUCACAGGAUGGUGCCCAGCGCUGACGAACACUUCUACUGCGCCACCAAAUACGCUGUGACCGCUAUGACAGAGGGACUGAGACAGGAGCUACGGGAGGCCAAAACACACAUCCGAGCCACGUGUAUAUCACCUGGAAUAGUGGAAACUGAAUUUGCCUUCCGGCAUCACAACAGCGAUCCGGAGAGAGCCGCGGCUGUUUAUGAAAGUAUAAAGUGUUUGAAAGCAGAAGACAUUGCCAGUGCUGUCAGAUACGUCCUGAGCGCACCUGCUCAUGUUCAGAUCGGUGACUUGCAGAUGCGUCCGGUGGAGCAGGUGUCGUAGGACCGGAUCGUGAACGGGACGACACCUGCUGGCCAAAAACAUGUAUAACACUUUGUUUUAAAGAACUGAUUGAAGGGUUUGGGUUUGCAGAUCGGAUCAAAUCGGUGAAGGCGGCGCUGUGUGGCUCGAUCUGACGCGACGCACAGCGAGAUUUCUUCCGUUUAAUGAGGGGAAGCUGUCAGGCUUUUCUCUUAAAAACACACAUCGCCAGAAACCGGAGAUUUAAUGUGCGUUACUGUCUGAUACGGUCACGUGAGACCGGUUACACCGAGACCAGUACGCCAUGAAUUGCACAUCUUAUUUUUUAUUUUUUUAGGUCAUAUUACAUGUCUGUUUUAAGAGUGUGACGAUAGGACACAGUCGCUCGGUGUCGGGUUAGGUGAUGUUAAUUAGCCUGCUGUAUUAAUUGUGUCAGGAGUAUUCUAACUUGAACUGUAUGUAGAUGUGGUUCCAUACUGUACCUGCAAAAGCUACUGUUCGUUUGAAGCGGUGAAACGAAAUCAAAUCCGCGCAUGAUUUUCAUGAGAAAGAAAACUGUUUGACUCCAGUCUCACUCCGAAUCAGAAACCUAGUGAGAAAUGUUUAACACUGAAUGAAUUGUACAGACUGGUUUCUUUCGUUGGAAAAUAAGUAUGGAAACACUGUAGUGAGAACUUGAAAAUAAAUAAUAGUUGAUAUAAUUAAUUCUUAUUGAUUAAAUGAGAUUAUGAUUAUUGAUUAUGAAUAAAUUCCUUUACUUUUUGCUGUAUAUGUCACCACUACAUCUCAAAACUA